AUGACUAUUAUUGUUGGAUCAUUGUUCCUCCCAUAUACCGUCCACUUUGAGAUUGACAGGAACCAUUAUGAAUUUUUACAAAAGGAGGAUAGUGCAAAGCUUGAAACGAUUAGAAUUUCAGGUGGCCAAGAUGACAACACAAUCCCACCAUCACUUACUGCAUCGCAACCGCAUCUAUUGAACAACCUGUCUUCAGUAUCAAUCUUACAUCCCAACAAUGUGACCAACUCAUCAACACGAUCAGAAACACCAGAUGAGUUUUUUUACAAUAAGCGUAACCCGAGGUCACAACGUGAAGGUGUUCCGGACUCCUAUCCUGCGUCACCGGCACUUCACUACAUCCAACCAAAACCUCGUGUGGGGAACAAAAUCGAAAGCUCAAUUCUUGACCCAAAAAAGCAAACAGAUCCAUACAACUCGACUGGUUUGAAAAUCAACAGAUCCCUGACCAACUUGUCCAUUUCAACACCAAACUUGUCAAGACCCCAAAAUAUUAGAGCUGGAUCACAUUCAAAAUUGCACAAUGAAGUGACUUUGGGACUGAGACCACACCAAUACUGCGGCUUCACUAUUCAAGGAAACAAUAGUUUAAAUUCAUUGGUUUCGGAAGAGACGCCAAGUGGUGUCAAUAACUCAGCAAUGAUUCCUUCAUCAUUUGAAGAUGAAGACGAGGACGGAUUGAUUGGCUUUGAAAAGAAUUACAAUAAUUCAGUGUCACACAAUAGAGGAUUAGCUCCAUAUGGAGGGUUUUCUAAACCACACAUUGAGAAAUACUUUUGGGACGAUGAUAUAUUCAAUAUCGCGCCAUGGUCUGUAGUCCCUUCAGAAAGCGGGAAUGGAUCUUUGAACAAAGCUAUAGACUUAUCUGUGAAAGAGGGGAUCUUGCAACAAAACAAAUGGGUUGGGAUUAUUGCCAUGCCUAGUGAUACAAUCUCAGAAAAAAUUAGACAAGAUAUUGCAUCAAAAUUAGAUUCAGAGUACAAUUGUGAAGCCGUGUUUCCUGAUGACAUUACUUUUGAAGGCCACUACAAAUCAUUCUGCAAGCAGAUUUUGUGGCCAACAUUGCACUACCAAAUCCCCGAUGAUCCAAAGUCAAAGGCAUUCGAAGAUCACUCUUGGGGCCACUAUGUGUUGAUGAAUCAAUUAGUUGCUGACAAAUUAGUUGAAACAUUUGUGGCAACAAAUGGAGAUUGCAACUUCGAUGACUCAGAGAAUGUGAUCUGGGUUCAUGACUACCACUUGUUGUUGGUGCCAAGAAUGGUGAGAGAAAAGUUACCAAAGGUAAAAAUCGGGUUCUUUUUGCAUGUAUCGUUUCCUUCUUCUGAAGUAUUUCGCUGUUUGGCACAAAGAACUGAGUUGUUGGAAGGAAUGUUGGGUGCUGAUGUCAUCUCCUUCCAAACCAAUGAGUAUGUUCGUCAUUUCAAGCAAACAUGCAACAAGAUUCUUAAAGCUGAAGUGACUGAUGAUAAAGUGGCUUAUAAGAACAGGACUACUAUAGUUAAUACGAUACCUGUUGGUAUUGAUGCGCCAUCACUCGAAAAGAAGAUCCAUAGCGACCUGGUUUUAGAGUGGAGACGUUUGAUUAGAGAGAGAUGGGGUGAACAGAAGCUUAUCAUUAGCAGAGACAAGUUGGACAAGUUGAGAGGCAUUAAGCAGAAACUCCUUGCUUAUGAAAAGUUUUUGAAUCAGCACCCUGAGUAUAUUGACAAAACCGUUUUGAUCCAGAUUUGUAUUGGCUCAGGAUCUGACCCCCUGUAUGAACUGGAGGUGAUGAAAAUCAUAUCAAGAAUCAAUUCCUUGCCAGAAAACAUCUCCGUCAUACAACCAGUUGUUUUACUUCAAAAGGAUAUUGAAUUCGAUCAGUAUUUGGCAUUGCAAUGCGAAGCAGAACUGUUUGUUGUUAGUUCCAUGCGUGAAGGGUUGAAUUUGACUUGCCAUGAAUUUAUCACAGCCACUGAAGAAAAGAAGUCACCUUUAAUCUUGUCAGAAUUUACGGGAUCGGCAUCAUUACUUUAUUGUGAAGGAGAAGGUGCACUUUUGAUUAAUCCUUGGGAUUUGAAAAAGUUUUCUGAAGCUUUUUACGAACUGUUGAUAAUGAGUAAGGAGGAAAAGAAGAAAAGAUGGGAAAACUGCCACCAUUUUGUUUUAACUCAAAAUUCAAAACAUUGGGUGACAAAUUGUUUGGAGAGUAUCAAUAAUGCCUGGUCAUUAAUCAAAGAGGAAAGUAGAAAAUAA